AGUAAUUUUCCCUCUUACUCUUCUCUUCAAGACCAAACGCUACUUCCCGCUCGUGAUUCUGCACUGAAUUCCUACAUUUCAAUUACCAUUGAGGCCUUGAAUCCAUUGCUUUCUAAAUUCCUUUCUCAAUUUUCUCAUCGAAGAUCAAUCCCUAUCAUGCUCCUCGGAAGGUCCUUUCAAGUUAUCGGAAUUCCAUGGCCCGAUCUCAACGACGGAUUGUUCUACAACGAUGUCGUUAAACCCCCCGACUCCGGGAAGUCUUUGAUCCACUUCUAUUCUUGGAAAUAUAAGAGUUCGGCUCCACUGGAGGGCUGGUUGCAGCGAAUUAAGAACGAACAGAUUACAAUCGAUGGUGAGGUUAUCACAGAUCCAGAAACUAUUCUCAGAAUUGGUUCUGAUUUGGUUUAUCGUCGACUUCCAUGGAAAGAACCGGAUACCCCUUAUUUACUCGAGAUUCUUUACGAAGACAAUGAAAUGAUUGCAUUAAAUAAACCGUCUGGCUUGCAAGUGUUACCUGGUGGUGUUUUUCAGCAACGGACAGUUUUGACACAGCUUCAGUGGUGGUCAAGUAAGCAGAGUUUCUCCGUCUCAGAAGAGUUGCACCCUGUUCCUGUUCAUCGUUUAGGAAGGGGGACUUCAGGAAUAUUAUUAUGUGCAAAAACAAAGCUCGCCAGAACACAGUUUGCUGCAUAUUUUGCUGAGGGAACAUCUUCCGUUAGAAGAAACAGAAACAGCACUAUGGAGGAAGGUACAAAAAGGAAAAUUUCAAAAAUAUAUCGUGCGCUUGUGACUGGAAUAAUUCAUGAUGAUGAGGUGAGCGUUGACCAGCCAAUUGGAAGGAUGCAAUAUCCUGGGGUUGCGCAGGGCCUGUAUGUUGCCACUCCCUCAGGGAAACCAGCUUGCAGUAAAGUCAAUGUUCUUGAGAGAGAUGAACAAAGCAAACACACAUUGGUCCAGGUAGAAAUUCAGUCUGGACGGCCCCACCAAAUCCGUAUCCACCUUUCUUCAAUUGGACAUCCUCUAUUAGGUGAUCCUCUCUAUGUUGCUGGCGGGCAACCAAACUGCCUUCAUUCUGAGGUAGUAAAUCAGAGUUUUGCAGAAGACGGAGGUUACGAAAGGCCUACGAAACCUGUGCCUGGAGAUUGUGGCUACUACUUGCACGCGCAUCAGUUGAUUCUCUAUCACCCAAAAACAAAUGAGGGUUUUCUUGUGUUGUUGAAGGUUGUGAAGAUCAUCGCACCACUUCCUCCGAUCCUUCGCACACGUAUUGAGGCUGAAGAUGUCCACGAGUGAAAGUGGGUGGAUAGAUGUUUGCGUGGAUGUCCCGAAGAUUAGUUCUAUUCCCUUUUCAUAUACUACUACUUCAUUACUUUUUUUCUUAAUUUUUAAUCGCCACAUGAAAAUACUUACGUGUUUUCUCAAAAACUGCUAUACGUUGGUAGGAGGUGACUGAAAACACAAUAACAAAAUCUCUUUUAUAAAAAGUUAAAGUAAUUGAAACUUGUUUCGACCUUUAGAAA